AUGGCGCCAGCAUCUUGCUCAGAUAGAGGUUACUUUUGUUGGAUUUGGAAGACCACUGGCAAAUGCAAAAGGACUUCCCACUAUGCUGUGUACAAAUGCCAAAAGACAUGCAAUUUUUGUCCUGUUCCGACAGGUGAGUAAAGGCAAAAAUGUUUGAAUGAAGCUAAACUAAAUCUUAAGAUUCCAUCGAAGCAGGAAAAAAAGGUUAUCAAGAAACCCUGGACGAUUAUAAAGGUCGUAUCAAGGUAUCGUCGACUUGACACGUUACUAACGACAAGAAUUAGAAAUUGUCUAAGACCAAGUGGUGACUGAUUGGCUUUGUCAGACCACAUCUGAUUGAUUGAGAAGAUGGCGCGAGGUUAAGGCGAACGGAAAAACCUUUGAGAAUUUUUUCUAUUUUUUCUUUUCACUUCAAAUGCAUGUGUGCGGGGCAAAAGAAUCGGCGACAGUUCUCCUAAAUGAUUACAACGCAAUCAAGAAUUCAUUAAGUUCAUUAAAAACAGUGAGUGUGGUUGCAAUACAAAACUCUGUACCCUCUGUGCAGAGUUUCCCAUAAACCGUGCGCCCUAAUCGAUGCUCCCAUGCGAAUGUUCAACCUAUAAAUUCUCGUAUGCGACUAGCUUCAGUUAUGGACGCUUUUUCUGCUUCUAGAGAACCUGCUUACAAAAGCGUCUGAACUUCAUUUACCACUGUAGAUAAUAAAAACAAAUUCUCUUUGAAUUUGUUGCAGAGGCGCCGAUACCUACGGAUAUACCACCAACAUUUACAACAACUGACCAGCCUUCGGAGUGCCAUCUCGAAAAACUUCUACCCAUCAGCAGAGAACGUGUUCGGGACAAACAGCUACAGGGUCACGUGAUUUACCACCAGUCUGUUGUAUCAGAAAUUCAAUGCGAGGAUCUUUGCCUUCGGAUUCCCAGAUGUUUGGCUUAUAAUUAUCAGUAUUCUGGAAAGCAUGACGAGAAUGAGAGGGCCUGUGAACUGAUGAACAGUGUGGUAGACGUAAAGAGCAGCGUUGGUUUCAGCUUCCGACUGUUCGAGCGCAAUAGAGCUAAUAAGGUGCGUGGAGAAGUGAUCGAUAUUGAAAUUCUCUAA